AUGACUGCUCCGGCCUUCUCUGCCAUAUCGGACGUGGGAUCCUUCCCCGAUCUCUCCCACGAGCUUUCCUAUGCCUCUCUGAUCCCCACCCUGGUCUCUCCCUCUUUUCAGAGGAAUAUUCUUCCCAGCGCCCCUCCCUUCGGCCCGAUCCGUGGCGUACAGGUCUGUCAUAUUCUCCUUCUUCCUUGCUCUCCAUAUCAUGCUCAGGCAUCAUCUCCCGUCGCCUACUCUGCUUCUCACCUCUCCUUCUCUGCCCCCGGUCGUCCUGCUUCUCCCUCACCUCCAAAUCAGGCUCCUCUUCCUCUCCUCCUUUUCCCUUUUCUCCCUCCUUCUCGCAGAGGACCCUUCCCCCCAUCUCUCAUGCUUACCGUCUUGGUGCCGUGUCUGAGCGUCUCCGACCUCUUCUCCUUCACUCUCUAUCUCCCUCUCUGGCGAUCUCUCCCAUCGCUCGUGCUGCUCGUCAACUCUCCUUUUCAGCUUCUCCUUCUCUAUCUCCCCUUUUGGCGACCUCUCCCCUCUUCUGCGCUGCUCCUCAUCGCUGCUUCUCAUCUCCUCCCUCCCCUCCUUCCUCCCAGGGGAAUCUUCUUCACAAUGUCUCCCUCGUCCGCCCGCUCCUCGGCGCCCAUGAUCCUCUCUUCUCCUUUCCUUGUCACUUCCCGUGUCCUCCACUGGGGACUCCUCUCGCCGGUGGUGCUCUUCCUCACCACUUCUCCUUUGUCUCUCUCUCUCUUGCCUCCCCCUUACCUCUCCAUCAGGUUCCUGCACAAACCCUGCUCCCGCGCACGGGUACAAUUUUCUUUCUUCACGGCGCGCUCUCGCAUCUGCCCUCGAGAUGUACUGCGACGAACGCUCACUGCCCCUGACAUGCACUUCUCUCUCCUCCUUCCGCUGCCGUGCUGGCGAGCGCUGUGCGCGCCUCUUGUCGCGAUCGUCUUCCCCUUCCUCUCCCUGCUGCUCUGGUGA